AUGGUUGAAAAAGAAGCCGCAAAAAAGCGAGGUCGCUCUUCGUCUAGCAGCUCGUCCAGUAGCUCCGGAUCAUCUUCUUCUGGUUCAUCCGGUUCGGGAUCGCGAUCAUCCAGUUCCUCUUCUUCAUCUCGCUCUCGCUCCCGUUCUCCACGACGUCGUGAAAAUCGCCCAAUUCGCGGAGGUCGGUCUCGUUCUCCAAUUCGUCGUGGCUCCCCACCACGAGGAGCUCGUGCGGAUCGAGGAGGUGGCCGCCCAUCUCCCUCUCCGCCACGUCGUCGACAUAUAACCCCAUCACCACCACGUCGUGGAGGACGUGAUAGAAGUGGAAGUCGUCAGAGAAGGCGCUCUCCACCGGCAAGACGAAGCAGUCCGAUGCCGGCACGCUCUUCUAGUCCUAUAAAGAGAAUAAUCAUUAAAAAUCUGAGCAAGAAUGUGAUCCGUGAGCACGUCGAAGAGAUAUUCUCUAUUUAUGGAGCUAUCGCAAAGGUCGACUUGCCACCAGACCGCAAUCACACCCACAUUCAUCGUGGAUACGGAUACGUUGACUAUCAGAAUGUAGAGGAUGCUGAAAAGUCGAUAAAGUAUAUGGAUGGUGGACAAGUCGAUGGACAAAUCAUCCAGGUUGAAAUGACUAUCGGACGUCAGCAAACAGUUCGCCGUCAGAUGUCACCAAUCAGAAGACGUGCUUCACCACCGCCACGGGAUAGAGACAGAGAUAGAAAGUCGCCUAUCAGACGUGGAGGAGGAAACAGAAGUCCACCACGCAGACGCUCACCAAUGGGAGGUCGUGGAUCUGGCGCCAACAACAUGCCACUGGGGCCCAGCAGAUUCCGCCGAGGAAGCCGAUCUCGUUCACCAAUCAACAGAAGAUCCCGCUCAUAA